UAAUGUGAGCUCGGAUGUUCCGUGGACAAGUUUCUCUACGGACAUAAAUAAGAAACGUGCUCUUGAACUUCCUGUUUUGUUUUUCUCUCGCUCCGUCUCUGCUCGGGUCGGGUCGAUAUGGAAGAAUUUGCGAGGCGAGGAGACAACCACUGCCUGCCCCUGAAGAAACGCGGUCUCUUCAAACACUGGUGGACCUUAUAAACCAAACAGAAGCAGCAGGCAGCAGUAAUACCUGCUGCGGGGCUUCCGACACCCUCACUCCGCCUCUGGUGUCCGCGACAUGGCACUCAGCUCGGGCGGCUGGGCUCCUCCAGCCCCGGUUCCUGCCUCGUCCCAACAGGCUGCAUGCGAUGGGCCAGCGCUGACGGCUUGCUGCAGCACUGUUUUAAUGUCAGUACGGGUUUCGGUGUGCCAUUCCGGGAUCCGGCCCCUGUGCCUCCCUGGAGCAGGCAGCGAGGCUCUGCGCCUACAGCUCAGCAUGGACCCGAGCCGGGCCGGAGAGUUCCGACUGGCGCUGCGAGAUACGAGCGGAAACCGCAGUGUGUUCAUUGCAGAGUUUGACCUGCGCUCGGUGCAGUAUGAGGUCAAAUCACCUCGCUGCCAUGAGAUGCGUCUUGCUGCUCCGCCCCACGACUGCAUCCGCUUCAACUUCCGCUGUGACCGUGAAGCCGAGGAGUGGGCCACAGUGGUGAUGUCAUCACUAAGAGAGGCACACAGAGUUGCAAAUAUUAACACAUGUGAGACAGAUGGCAGACACAACCACACGGCAGCAGCUAUGGAGCAGUGGAGCUCAGCCUCGCUGCCGCUCGCUGAGGAGCUAUGCUUGGAGCUUGCCAGGGCGAUUGAAGCAGGUGACACUGAAGCCGCUUCACAGCAUGCAUCCGCUCUGGCUCGGCAAAAAGCAGUGCUGACGAUUCAACUGUCUGAAAAGAACUACGUAGACGGAGAGAUCGGUUUAUCUGUGGUAGUGGAGGAUGUUUCGUCGUCCUGUUGUGUCACAGUGAAAGUCUUUCCUUACAUGACUGUGGCUGCACUCAAGGAACAGGUGUUUCUCGAGUAUGGCUUCCAUCCUCGGGUGCAGCGCUGGGUGAUUGGUCAGUGCUUGUGCACCGAGCCGAGGUCACUGGCCUCCUAUGGGGUGCAGAAGGACGGCGACACAGCGUACCUCUACCUGAUCUCUGCACGACAAGCCCGCAUUACCCGGCAGCUGUUCCAGCAGGACCUGGAGAGCGCCCUCCUCGCCCCACCUCUCCCACCAGGCAACGGCCCUACCUCCCAAGGCUGGAGGGGUUACAGCACCCUACCCUCGAGGCUACCCCACAACAACCAGGGGAGCACAGGUGGAGGAAGCGAUAGACCAGGUGACAUCAAAGAUGUCCUCGACAUUGAGAAUCUGCAGCUGAAUGAUCAUACCAACAAAGCCAGUAAAACCCAGUGUGUGUGGGCUUGUCCCUCAUGCACUUUCAUCAACAAGCCUUCCCGUCCGGGCUGCGAAAUCUGUGCUACAGCCAGACCUGACACACACAUCCAGCAGGAGAAAGGAAGGAGAGAGGAUCGAGGAGAGUCUGGUUUAAGCAGCAGCAGCUGACUGCCCAUCAUCGUUGUCUGGUUGCUAUGUCGCACUCACUUACACACACACACACACACAACGGAGUGAGGAUGCUAAAUCGCACAUGUUGACAAAAUACUCACACAAGACUGUCAAAUGCACUGAGAGUCCUCUGACAGCUGGCUGGCUGCUGAAGACUGCAGCGUUUGAAGCACUGUAGCAUGACACAGAGCUGCACUGGUCGAGGCUCGGACGAACUGCAACAGAGAGCAUCAGCUUUGAUCGGUUAUCUGGACGUAACAAUGACAUCUGAAUUUGGCCUGACCUCUUUGUUAUUUAUUUUACUGGGUGUGUAAACAACACAGAUGGCCUAAUAUUUAUUUUAGGGGAGAGAGACGUGAUGUGCGUUCUUUGCAUUUGAUUGCAGCUGAAGAUGAGGGGACUUUCAGUUUCUGCCAACUGUGAAGUGAGAGGAAAGGUGAAGCCUUGUGCAAUACCCUGUUCUGUUUGUUAGUGUGUCAUCUGUUGGUGCCAUAAAUAAUGUUGGAAGAGAUUGUGUGUUGCGUUUACAGGGUUUGUCAAGUGCUUUUAUUUUUUUACAACAUUGUAUUAAGUGUAUUAUUUUUAACAAAAUGCAUUGAGUAAUUGAUGUACAUUUUAGCAGGUGAUGUAAUUUUACUCAAUUCCCUCUGAGCUGUGACAGCAAUGGAAUGAUCUGUUUUCAAUACAUAAUACUGUAAAAACUUGCAUUAGCUGAAUAAACAUAAUGGAACUAAACAAAA